GUUCAGUUUGUUCUCGUCGUUCGGAAGGUUUGCGUCUAAAAUCGCGUUUGUGUCGCCGUUGUCGUCUUCGGUCGGUUGGUGAAUUGUGCAAUUUGCCUACAUAUCUCUUGCUCAGCAAUUAGUUACCAAACAGCUUGAGGUACCUUAUCAAAGCAAAAAAAGGAACACAAAAUGUGGACGUCACCGUUAUCUUGGACUCUUGUAGUAUUAUUUUCAAUAGACUCUGUCCGUUCACUUGAUCUACCCGAAUACCUGCACGUAUGCCACCGAGAAGACCCAAAGCUGACCGAAUGUAUGAAGGAAUCCAUCGAAACGUUACGGCCGUAUCUGGCCCGAGGUAUUCCAGAAUUGGACAUUCCUGCCAUCGAACCAAUCAACCUGGGUGACCUGAUCGUAGCAGAAAGUGUACCCGGCCAGGGCAUCAGCAUUACCGCCAAGGACAUCAAAGCCUACGGCCCGUCCAACUACCGACUGAAGAAGCUUAAUGUGGUCGAAUACGGCAAAGUGUACACCUUCGAGCUGGAACUUCCUCACCUGUAUGUCGAGGGCCGUUAUGUAGUGGACGGCAGGAUCCUGCUGUUGCCUGUGAAGGGCGCUGGAAAAUUCAACGGAAACUUUACCCAAGGAUAUGGAAACGUGCGCAUCAAGGGAGACCGAAAGGUGAUCAACGGUAAGAACCACCUCUCGCUUGCCAAGCUGGACAUCAAGAUCAAGGUCGGUGACGGGAAAAUCAAACUGGAAAACCUGUUCGGCGGCGAUCGAGUUCUAGGGGAAAUCAUCAACCAAACCAUCAAUCAGAACUUCUCCCUCCUGAGCCACGAGCUGAUCCCGCUGAUCGAGAAAGCCCUCCAGAGGAUAUUCAAGCGGACGGGUAACAAAAUCUUGGAACGGUUCCCCGAAGAGGUUUUAUUCCCUUGACAAGCUCUAAGAGCGGUUCGUCCGAUGGGAUUCGGAGCACACUUAUAAGUUAAGAAGCAAAGAAAAAAACAUGAGACAAAUUCGAACGAAGCUAACUUUAAGAGAAUCUGAUUCAAAACGCUAAGUUAUGUGUGAGCAAAACGGUGAUCAACUUAUGAACUAUUGUAUACUUUGAGGCGCCGAGCAGGUGAUCUGCUGCGGUGUAAAAAGCUUUCGAAAGGUGUAAAUACUGUUGAAAUUAUGUCGAUUUUAUUUAAUAAAAUUAUUGAAAAAC